UGAUUCGUGCGCCUAGGGUAGACGCGCGCAACGUAGAUCGUCGGUGUAAACAUGCGCCGGCGGCGGCCGUAGACGGAGGCUGGCAUGUGAUCCUGGCUUCACUGUAGAUAAUACGAGACUGGCGAAAAAUGGCGGACGAACAGGAAGUACGGCAGCUGGAGAUGCUGUGCAAGCAAUUGUACGAGUCGCAAGAUUCGGCACAUCGCGCGGAGGCGGAGAAGGCUUUGGUCGCUUUCCAAAAUGCACCGGAUACGCUUACAAAGUGCCAGCUCCUCCUGGACCGCGGGGACUCCGCGUACGCUCAAUUACUGGCCGCUACCACCCUGACGAAGCUGGUGUCACGCUCGGCGCAGGGACAACUUACGACAACACUCAGCUUACAACAGAGGCUCGAUAUACGAAACUACGUACUCAACUACUUAGCAACACAACCAAAGUUACCGAAUUUUGUGAUACAGGCUUUGGUUACGCUAUUCGCUAGGAUAUCAAAGCUUGGGUGGUUCGAUUCCGAUAAAGAGGAGUUUGUCUUCAGAAAUGUAGUCAGCGACGUAGCCAAGUUUCUUCAGGGGUCAGUGGAGCAUUGUAUGAUAGGAGUACAGUUGCUCUCUCAAUUGACGUGUGAAAUGAAUCAAAUAUCGGAAGCCGACGCGAACAGAUCUCUGACAAAGCAUAGAAGAAUAGCGAGUAGCUUUAGAGACACGCAACUAUUUGAAAUAUUUAGGUUAUCGUGUACCCUACUAAGUACAGCUCGUGAAAAUUGUAAGAGUUUAAAUUUCAACGAUGAGGCGCAGCACGGUUUGAUAAGACAACUGUUGAAGCUUGCACAAAACUGUUUGACAUUUGAUUUUAUUGGCACGUCAACCGAUGAGAGUUCGGAUGAUCUUAAUACAGUACAAAUCCCGACAAGCUGGAGACCUGCGUUUCUGGAUUUUACUUCGUUGAAAUUAUUUUUUGAUCUAUAUCACAGUCUACCUAAUACGUUAUCGUGUUUGGCACUUUCAUGCCUGGUUCAAAUAGCGUCUGUUAGACGGAGUUUAUUCUCUAAUACCGAAAGAGCAAAAUUUUUGACGCACUUAGUCAAUGGUAUUAAACAUAUACUACAAAAUCCUCAAGGUCUUAGUGAUCCAGGAAACUAUCACGAGUUUUGUAGAUUAUUAUCUAGAUUAAAGAGCAAUUUCCAACUCGGUGAAUUGGUCUUGGUGGAGGAUUAUCCCGAAGCAAUACAACUGAUCGCCAAGUUUACAGUACAGAGUUUACAAAUGUGGCAAUUUGCGCCAAACAGUUUACACUAUCUUUUAACUCUGUGGCAAAGGAUGGUAUCUUCAAUGCCGUAUGUAAAAGCGGGCGAUCCACAUUUAUUGAAUACAUAUACACCAGAGGUUACGAACGCGUACAUUACAUCGAGACUCGAAUCGGUAGCGGUAGUUGUUAGAGAACGUCUAGAGGAUCCAUUGGAUGAUCUAGGAGUAGUUCAUCAUCAGUUGGAACAAAUAUCGGUCAUCGGUAGGUGCGAAUAUCAAAAAACGUGCACUCUAUUAGUCCAAUUGUUUGAUCAAGCUGCAAGAACGUACCAGGAGUUAAUGACGCAAACAGUAUCGCCGACGCAACAGAUUGACAUCGCAAUCCAGGAGGGACAGCUCACAUGGCUGGUAUAUAUCAUAGGUGGUGUUAUCGGUGGAAGAGUCGCGUUUAAUAGCAAUGAGGAAUUUGAUGCCAUGGAUGGAGAACUGGUUUGCAGAGUGCUUCAGUUGAUGAAUCUGACCGAUUCGAGGCUCGCACAAGGUGGCUGUGAGAAAUUGGAAUUAGCGAUGUUGAGCUUUUUUGAGCAGUUUCGAAAGAUCUAUGUUGGCGAUCAAGUUCAAAAGAAUUCUAAAGUCUACAGGAGGUUAUCCGAUGUGUUAGGUCUUAAUGACGAGGCGAUGGUACUCAGCAUUUUCAUUCGAAAGAUAAUAACGAAUUUGAAGUAUUGGGGUAGAAGUGAACAAAUUAUUUCUAAGACGCUACAACUUCUAAAUGAUUUAUCAGUGGGUUACAGUUGUGUUCGUAAACUCGUUAAAUUAGAAGAAGUACAAUUUAUGCUCAACAAUCAUACGCGAGAACACUUUCCAUUUUUGGGAAACAAUGUUGCUGUGACAGAAAUGCGCUGUAGAUCAAUGUUUUACACAUCUCUUGGUAGAUUAUUGAUGGUAGAUUUAGGUGAAGAUGAGGAAAGGUUUCAUACUUUUAUGUUACCUCUUACAGGUGCAUUGGAGAGCCUUGGUCAAUUAAUGGGAGCUGCGGAUACACCUCUUUUUGCAGCAGAAGAAGCAAAGAAAGCGUUGAUUGGUUUAGCACGAGAUCUUAGAGGCUUAGCUUAUGCAUUUAAUACCAAGACAUCCUAUAUGAUGCUUUUUGAUUGGAUAUAUCCGAAUUAUACGCCGAUUUUAUUGCACGCUGUGGAGUUGUGGCAUCACGAACCGCAGGUGACAACACCCGUCCUAAAAUUAUUUGCUGAGUUAGUACAAAAUAGGAGUCAACGAUUACAAUUCGACGCGUCGUCUCCAAACGGGAUCCUGUUGUUUCGCGAGGCCAGCAAAAUUAUAUGUAGCUACGGCAAUCACAUAUUAAAUGUUGAAGUACCCAAGGAUCAGAUUUAUCCUUUAAAACUCAAAGGAAUAAGUAUAUGCUUCAGCAUGUUAAAGGCAGCCUUAUGCGGAAGUUACGUAAACUUUGGAGUGUUUAGGCUAUACGGUGACGAGGCAUUGGACAAUGCUCUUAAUACUUUUGUCAAACUGCUCCUUAGUAUUCCACAAAGUGAUCUUUUGCAUUAUCCAAAACUGUCGGCAACAUAUUACUUGUUACUCGAAUGUCUGGCACAAGAUCACAUGGUCUUUUUAUCUACUUUGGAACCUAGGGUUUUUCUGUACAUCCUCUCCAGUAUCAGUGAAGGCCUUACAGCACUAGAUACUAUGGUUUGUACUGGUUGCUGUGCAACUCUUGAUCAUAUUGUGACAUAUUUGUUUAAACAACUUUAUCAAAAAGGAUAUCCAGGAAGAAAAAAUGCAGUUGUUCCUGGAGGAGGAGAAUUAUUUUUACAAGUUUUAAAACAGCAUCCUGAAAUACUUCAACAAAUUUUAAGUACUGUUUUAAAUGUGAUAAUGUUUGAAGAUUGUAGAAAUCAAUGGAGCAUGUCUCGUCCUUUAUUAGGUCUCAUACUGUUAAAUGAAGACUAUUUUAAUCAAUUAAGAGAAAAUAUUAUUAGAAGUCAACCAGUUGAUAAGCAAGCAGCAAUGGCCCAAUGGUUUGAAAAUUUAAUGAAUGGGAUUGAAAGAAAUUUACUCACAAAAAAUAGAGAUAGGUUUACACAAAAUUUAUCAAUGUUUAGAAGAGACAUAAAUGACGCCCUAAAAGGACCUAAUAUAUCAAAUUCAGUCAAUGAUAUGAUGACUUCGUAGUAAUACUGCUCUCUCUGAAUUAGAUUCUUCUAGGUUCUUGCCUGCCAAAUGCUUGAAUGUGUGUGCGAGUGAAACUCUAAAUUAAUGGUGAAAUUAAAAUUAUGGCUUUAGAUGAGUAUAAAGAUAAUAAAUAUUUUAUGAGAGUAUUACAGCUUGGCUUCCUAUUCUGUCUUUUUAGCUGUUCAAUGUCAUGUAUAUGAUUUUUAUUUUUUAUACAAUAACAUUAAAAGAAAAUAAGAUUUUAAUUUUAUUUUCUUUUUCGUAUUACUUUUAUGAGAGAUUUUGGGUAUUAAUAAUUUUAAUAUUUUUCCUGCAAUGUGAUCAAAUAUAAAAAAAAAAAAAAAUUAGACAUUUUUCUUUUCUUUUUUUUUUAUUAUUACCUUUAUACUCGAACUUAGCUCCAUGAAAUGAUCAGAUUUGAACAUUUUUAUGUAUAUAUUAGCAUCAAGAAUUGGUAAUUAUUAUACCAUGUUUUAUGAUCGUAAAACAAAUAUAUAUUAUUCGAAUUUCUUGAAACAUUCUCCAUACUUUUCACUCAAUAUAUCGUACUUAUUUUUAUGAUUUUUACAAAAAUAUAUGAAUAAUUAAAAAUCUUAUAAUAAUUUUUUAUAUUUUAGUUUUAUAUCGAUAUAUUUUUUUGCAUAUAAUUAUUCACAUAAUUAUUCAUAUAACUAUCUCUAAAAGUCUUAAUAGAGAUAGAUAAUAUUUUCUACAUCGAGAUUAAUUUUGUAUCAUUUUUUUUCGUAUCUAAAAUAAUAUAGACAAGCAUGAAGACAUAUAUGUGUUUUCUCUCAUAUUAUUACUAUUUUAAGCAUUGCUUUUUUCUCAUAUAAUUUUUUUUUAGAAUCUUUUAAAUGACGAUAAUUUUAGAAUUUUGUAAACAAUGUUUUAUUUCCAUUAAAAAAAUUUUUUUUUAAAUUUUAUUAUAAUUUGUCAGGGAAAAAAUUAUAUGGAACGUAUCUAAAAUAAUUUGAUAGUUUUUAUGAAAUUAACAAUAUUCACAAUUUUUGGAUUUUUGCAUCUGUUAUUUUGUCAAUAAAGUUUUCGCCUGUUUCUGUACGGUUAUAUACAUUUAUAUCUACAUAAUACAUUUUAGAAUAGGAAGCCAAUAAUAUUAUUUUUAUUUACAAUGAAACAUUCUGUCUUGUUACGUUUGAUCUUUUUUUCAAUGAAUUGGAUCUUGUUUACGCAUGUUGUGCAUACAAAUGUGCAGCUAAAAAAGUCGUUUGCAACAUUACAAAUUCUUGUAUUGCAGAAGAAAAACAGAGAGAGGGAGAGGGGUGAAUCGAGAGCAAAAACGCAAGUCGCGAUAUAUUCAUUAUUUAAAAUUUAUUUGAAUAAAAGAACUGCUAUAAAACUGUAUUAUCUAUGAGUUAUGAAUAAUAUUAUAUGAAUGAUGGUGAACAAUGUAAAUGAAGAUAUCAUUAAAUUUACCAUACAAAGAUUCAUUUAAUAUACAAUUAUUAUUACGUUCUUACGAACAUUACUUCAUCGAGAAAGAAAAUGGAUGAACGAAAUAGAUAUUAUGAGACAUUAAGUAAAGUUCGUUAAUUUUACAAUGUAAUAAUUUUAGAUACGAUUGUAUGUAAAGCAAAGUAUCACAUUUUCUAAUGGCAUUGUUUUAAUAGUAUCCUACAUCACAAACUUCUACAUUGAUUAAUAUUUAUUGAGUCAUAACUAUCAAAUGUUCAAAUUUUCAUCGACGGAUAUAUAAAUAAAUAUUAAAUACUUGAUAUAUUUUAUAAAAAGAUAAAUAACUGGAAUGAUCGAGAAAUCAAACAGUUGCAAAAUAGUCAGGAGGUAUUGAUCCUACAUCGAAACAUCUUUAAUCAUUUUCUUUUGUUGUAAAUAACGUUGCAAAAUUUAUUGGCUAUACGAGAGAAAGAGAGAGAGAGAGUGUGAGAGAAAAAGAGAAAACAUUCCUUUAUUUUUUUAUACGUAUAUUCCAUCUUUUAUAACAUUUUGUAAAUUACUUUAUAGGCUUCGUAAAAAUCUACGUACCUAUCUGCGAACAGGCAAUAAGAUAUUCUCUUUGAACUUAGUACUCAUGCUAUUUACCAACGCUUUUUUAAUGAUAAUCUUCUUUGGAACUGAGGUACAGUAGAAACUUUUUUAAAUUCCGCAUCCCCAGGAUCAUAUUGCACGUAAAGUUUGUUCGGUGCUCUACAAUUAGUAAAACAAUCAAACGAUAUUUUAGAACGUCAAAAAAAUCUAAUUUAACUGUCUCUUUGUAAUGAUUAUAUGUGAUAAAGUUACACAUAUAUUUUCUAUAAUUGCAGAUCGUUAAACGAAACUCAUACUUGCAGUUUCGUGUUUCUGGUAGUGAAACUACCUUCACUGCUCGUAGGUACCGCGUAUGCUAUUAUUCUUAGCGAGUUGUUGUAUUACACUGUGAUAGUGACGCCGUAAGAGUAUAUUAUUGUAUUAUCUGUCGCUCGAUCUCGUUUUCGGCGAAUGAAAAAAAAAAAGAAAGAAAAGAGAAAGAAAAAAGUAUCGCAUUGAAUAUAAGAUGUACCUGUAAAGAUGCGACACAUUUUUUUUCCAUAACGCGGUACAACAUAUUGCGUUGCAAUAGUCGGAUUCUACGAUCUCGAAAUAAUCAUCUCAACCCAUGACCUCAAUAAAGCGUUUCGAGCCGCUUUUCCGAAUUACGACAAUGACUUAUUUGACAAUAUAUAAUACGAUAUAUCGAGAGAAUAUCCAGCGUUGCGUUGCGUUGCGUUACGUUGCGUUACGUUGCGACUGUAGAGCCCGCAAGAGCUUAUUCUUACUCUUCAAGGCUACCAUACGAGGCUGCGUGAUCCUCUUCCGCUGACAAAUGCGAGAAUUUGUAUCAACGUCCUCGGCACAAUCUUAGUUUCCGUGCGCGUCCUACCUCUGCGCGAGAGACAUUAAUAGAUUUUUUAUACAGAUGCACAUAAAAGAAUCUACAAAAGAAAAAAAAAAUGAAGAAACUGCAUCGGCAUGCAAAUUUUUCCUACAUAUAAAAAAUACACAAAGCAGCAUUUUAUCAAGAUUAUACGCAAACCUAUACGGGUCGAUAUUCAGCGCUGUACCUUUAUCAUAAUAUUGUAAAUAUACAUUGAACACGAGA